UUUCCCAUACUUUAGGCAGUCGGCUCGUAAAUCGAUUUUCAUUCAGCGUCGGAACCCUCACGGGUUGAAGCACACGAGCUAGGCAUGGCGGCCCUUAUUGGUAAAGUGAUCGAUGGCUACAAUACCUUCACGUACACGUGGGCAGACGAGAGAACGAAGGACUGGUUUCUCGUUGGCACACCAUUCAUCCCCAUGAUGAUAAUUUACCUCUACCUUAAAUUUAUAAAGGAUUGGGGCCCCAAAUUCAUGGAGAACAGACAACCAUACGACUUGAAAAAUACCCUCCUUGUAUACAAUAUAGUGCAGGUCAUUUACAGCAUCUACCUGUUCUACGAGGCAGCGUCUGUCUGGAAAGGCUACAGUUGGAUAUGUGAACCAAUUGACUUUUCCAAUACACCCACUGCAAUGCGAGUGGCUCGGGCAACCUGGCUUUACUACAUGGCCAAGUACACUGAACUGCUUGACACAGUUUUCUUUGUGCUAAGGAAAAAGCAGAAUCAAGUGUCAUUCCUGCAUUUAUACCACCAUUCAAUGAUGAUUUUCUGCGGAUACAUUGGAUCGAAAUUCCUGCCUGGCGGCCACGGCACGUUUUUGGGUCUGAUUAACACGUUCGUACACAUCAUAAUGUACUCGUAUUACCUGCUGACAGCUCUGGGGCCAAAUGUUCAGAAGUACUUGUGGUGGAAAAAGCACAUCACCCGGAUGCAGAUGUUCCAAUUCUGCUUGGUUUUCCUUCAUUCGCUAUUGAUUUUGCGGAAAGACUGCACCUAUCCAAAAUUUGUGGUCGCCCUACUCACGCCAAACGCCAUGUUUUUCUACUUCCUUUUCAACGACUUCUACCAGUCUGCUUACAAGAAGAGAAAUGCAGCAAAAGCGGCAAAACUUGCUGAAGAAAAUAGGAAAACUGCAUCUCAGCAAGGAGAGGAGAAAAAGGCAGAAUAAAACAUCUUAUUUGUUGGUUAAAAUUAAAUGUUAAGGGUUAAUAAAUUUAAUCCAACCCGUGAACCGCCUGUGCCAUGAAGUGAAGAGAUAGUAGAGCUUUAAAAUGUGAAAUAUGUUGUUUUAUUAUAAACUAUU